CACAACAGGAUGACACGAUCGUACUGCUAUGACUACGAAGUCCGCUUCCUCUGCUGCCCUGCCAAUGUGCCCAUCUGUACUGCUACAACAACCACGCUGACACCUCCUCAGACUACCGUGCCUGAGAAGACAGUACCUGAAACAACCGUUCCAGAGAAGACAAUCCCAGAGACAACCUAUCCAGAAAAGACCACCCCAGAGGUGACCUACCCAGAGACAACAGGAACAACAACUGUUACUGUGACAAUGAGGAAGGGUACCACUCCAGCAAAAACCACCACGACCACCUACAUUCCACCAUGCUGCCCUGGUGUUACGGACCUGUCCAAGUGCCCAGUCUGCGCUGAGGGUCAGGUGUGCGAUGGAACACGCUGCAUGGACAUCAGUGAAUGCCCGUGCAGGGAUGGAGAUGUCAUGAAGAAGGCUUCCUCUGUGUGGAAGGAAGACGGUGGCUGCACAACGUGCAUGUGUCUGAAUGGUGAAGUGGACUGUGUGAAGACAACAUGUCCAGAACUGUCUUGCAAGGAGGGAGAAGAGGCAAUCAAGGCUGAAGGCGAAUGUUGCCCAUCAUGCAAGCCAACCACCUGCUCCCCGACUGAGGUGACAUGCCCUGCCGAUGGAAAGUGCAUCCCACACAAGUGGUGGUGCGACGGAACUCCGGACUGCAGCAAGGGCGAAGACGAGAAGGACUGCACAAAGACAACACCACCUCCAACAACAACUAUGGUUCGCACUACUCGACCAACAACAACCAGCGCUGUAACAACAACGCCAGCUGAGCGUGCCUGUAUGUACAACAACCAACGGUACUCCCCAGGUGAAGAGAGGUCAUGUGGUGUCAGUGACUGCGAGAAGUGUGUGUGCACAGAUGACUACACGUGGGAAUGCAACAAGGAACUUUGCAAGAGCGCUACUUGUGUAAACCUAAACGAGGGCUUUGAGACCUUUGAUGGUUGUACCUACAACUAUGAAGUCUGCAGCCACUUCCUGGCCAAGGACUGUGCUGAGGGAAGCUUCGAAGUUCGCGUGAACCGCCAGUGUGAACCAAGCGGUGAUAGGCAGUCCUGUCGCCGUUGGCUGGAGGUGAACAUCGGCAAACAUCAGUUUGUCCUCCGUGGUCGCGGCGAGAGCAUCGUCUACUGCGGACGGGAGUACAGCCCCGCCCAGAUCUCUGUCCUGAACUGGUCUAUACCGGAUCUGGAGAUCGCCUGUCUGAACGGACAGAUUUCUAUCACAUCCAAGAAGGGCUUCAGCGUCUACUGGUGCGAACCCGAGGCCCGCGUUGUUGUGGACCAGAGGAUGAGGGACAAGACCUGUGGUCUGUGCGGUGUCUACAACGAACGCACUUCUGACGACCUGAUGACCAAGACAAGGCAGAUAACCACUAAUGUGGAAAGAUUCGGCUCCUCAUGGGUGGCCAGUACUGACAGGACAUGUGAACCUCCACCAGAGAGGACUUGUCUCAGCAAUCCUCAGUAUGCAAGCCAGGCAGAGGCAGCUUGCAAGAUCCUCAUGAAUCAGUACAGCGUGUUCGCCCCCUGCCACAGCACCGUGACACCUGACAUGUACUACCAGCAGUGUCUGGAGUCGGUGUGUACCUGCUGCGAGGAAGGCAACACAGUCGACGAAUGCUCGUGUCACGUGUUUGAGUCAUAUGCCCGCACAUGUGGCCUCAGCGGCUGUGUCCUGAACUGGAGAUCACCAGUCCGCUGCCCGAUCACCUGUCCAUACCCACAAGUGUACAAGGAAUGUGUGCCUGGCUGCCCACGUACCUGUGACAACAUGUAUGACGACCACGUCUCCUGUGACAUCCAGUGCACGUCAGGAUGCUUCUGUCCAGACGACAUGGUGCUGCGCGGAGGAAUCUGCGUCAAACCAGAGCAGUGCACAGACUGUUUCUGCUUCGGAUUUGGUGACCCUCACUACGUCACCUUUGACGGCGUGUACUACCCGUACCAGGGUAACUGCUCAUACGUUGCAGCCUGCACACCGGAGUUCGAGAUUAUUGUGGACAACGAGAUCUGCCGUAUGGCUCCUGACACAUCAUGUACCAAGGCUAUCACUGUCAAGUAUGGUGGCAUCGAGAUUACAAUGAUGGAUGGAAUUAGGCUGAAUGUGAAUGGAGUGCCCACAACCCUGCCGUACGAGCUGAAGGGCAUGCGCGUGAUGCCGGCUGGCUGGCAGCUCAUCCUCACCAUCGAUGAGUUCAACCUGGAGGUGAGGUACGACGAGAUGAACCACGGCUUCGUCAUCAUGAUGCCACAGACCACGUACAAGGACAGGACCAAGGGAUUGUGUGGUACUUGCAACAAUGACCCACGGGAUGAGUUCAAGAAGAGGAAUGGUGAGAUUGCCACCAGUGAAGUCAAGUUUGCGUACGACUGGCGUGUUGCCCCCGCACCGGGAGAGAAAUGUUGGGAGCCGCCGCAGGUCACCGUGCCGACUGCGGAGCCUGGGUGUGCCCAGGACAGCGUCUGCGACGUCCUGCUGACGGACAUCUUCAAGGACUGUCAUCCAGUGAUCCCAGUGGAGAGCUACUACCUGUCUUGCAAGUUUGACGUCUGUCACGGCACCGACAAGUGUAACUCCCUGACGGCCUACGGACAGGUUUGCUCGCGCAAGGGCGUGUGCAUGGACUGGCGUUCAGACUCCCUCUGCCCAUCCAACUGUGUCUAUCCAAAGACAUACAAGAUGUGCGGCCCUGCCAUCCCACGUACCUGUGAGAACUACAACAACUAUGACUCUAUCAUGGCCUCCUGCACCCAGCUGCCGGCCGAGGGCUGCUUCUGUCCCGAGGGCACUGUCUGGAGCAACAACAACUGCGUUGCAGUUUCUGAAUGCCCUGUUUGCACUGAUGACACUGGAGCUGGACGCAAGAUUGGAGACAGUUGGGUGCCACAUAGCUCCCCAUGCUCCACGUGCGAGUGCAUGGGUCCAAACAACGUCAAGUGCACACCGAAGGAAUGCCCAGAGGCCGUGCGUCCAACCUGCCCAGGGGGUCGGGAGCCUACCGAGGUCCGGGAUGCGGACGGUUGCUGCUCAACAUGGUCGUGCGACUGCUAUUGCAGUGGCUUCAGCUCACGCUUCACCACCUUCGAUGGCACAUGCUAUGACUUCGAUGGCAAGUGCACCUACGUGCUGGCCAGGUCCAGGAACUACGACUUUGAAAUUACCAUUGAUGCCAACAAGGCCAUCAACGUUAACUACAGGUCACAGAGAACGGCUGUUGGAGGCGCUGACUACCCAUGUGUGAGCUCCGGUGGCAACAGAGUUGAUCUGAGACAGAAUCGUCUGUUGAGCUUCGACAGUGAAGCCUACGCCGGCUACACUGGUGGACAGAUUGUGUUUGUGGUGCGCAAUAUUGGCCUGGAGGUGCGUGUGGACCCAUGUUACAACACCUUCAGCAUCAAGGUGCCAGCUGGAACCUACUUCGACCAGACGGAGGGCUUGUGUGGUACAUGCAACAGCAAUGCAGCUGAUGACUUCUCCCUGCGUAACCGCAUCGUGACGUCAUCCGUGACCACAUUUGGCAAUGACUGGCAGGUGAACGUUGAUGACGUCGACUGCCGCCCACCAGCCGUGCCCACCAGUCCGCCCGAGUGUGAGAACGAACUGACCAGGUCCUGUGAGACCAUCCUGUCUGGUGGCUUCAAGAGCUGCCACGACUUCGUCAACCCUGAGUCGUACUAUCAGGCUUGCAUCAACGAGGUUUGCAGCAAGAGCUGGAAGACUGAGGACGGUUGGAGCAAGUGCCCAUCUUGCACUGCCAUUGCAGCCUAUGCUGCCGAGUGUCGCAAGUGUGGAAGCUGCGUGGACUGGAGAAGGCCAGACUUCUGCCCAUACACGUGUGAGAGCGGGUUUGAGUACAACCACUGCGGCCAGAUUAACCAGCAGACAUGUGAUGGCAACCUGAUGCCAGCUGACCUCAUCAAGGACACCUACCCUGUGGAGGGCUGCUUCUGUCCUGCUGGAAAGGUCCUCCAGGGCAACACUUGUGUCGUACCUGAGGACUGCCCUGUGUGCAAGGACAGUUCUGGCAAUGGAAGGAAGAUGGGAGAAGUCUGGAGGGAUGCUACCGAUAGGUGCAAGAUGUGCCAGUGCACUGCGCCAGACUGUGUGACCUGCUCCUCCCUGCGCCGCGAGCUGCCGGCCCCCAGCUGCCCAGACGGUACCCUGGAGGAAGUACAGCUCGGCUGCAUCACCAAAUACGAGUGCAGGACAAGGCAGUGUGGCCCAUGCUCAGAGCCACAGUCCAUCGAAUGCCAGCCAUUUGAGGAUGUUCAAUCAACACCCAUUGACGAAUGCUGUAACCAUCUUGAGUGUGUAUGCAACCCAGCCAACUGUCCAUCUGUGUCCAUCCCAUUCUGCGACACAUGUGAGAAGCUGGUCACUAUCAAUGAGGGCAGCUGCUGUCCAAUUAAGCAAUGUGUGUGUGACACAGAGGAAUGUCCACCGACCGCCGAGCCCGUGUGCGCUCGUGGAGAAGUGGCCAUCAAGACAGACGGCAAAUGUUCAUCAAGCUGGUCUUGUGUUUGCCGGAGGGAGACAUGCACCACCAGUGUUCCAGUCUGCGGAUAUGGAGAGGAGACUGAGUGUGUUGAUCCUGAUGCCUGUUGCCCAGAAUACCGCUGCGUGUGUCGCCCGGAGAACUGCCCAUCACUGACAUGUGCUGAUGGAUACAAGCAAGUGAAGGGUAGCUGCUGCUCAUCCUGUGAAUGUGACGAGAGUCAGUGCACUGUGCCAGAGCCCGUGUCCUGUGACUUCUCCAAGGGCUACACUCUACAGAAGACCGGCAGGAAGCUCCGUGCUCCCGGCGCCGCUGACUGCUGUCCUGAACACGAGGAACAGAUCUGUGUCUGUGAGCCGUCCACAUGCAGUCCUGUUGAGCGACCUACUUGCACUGGAUACCAGAUGUGUGUGCAAACUAAUGCAGGCGAAUGUUGCCCAGAGUACAGCUGUGUUUGUGACAAGAACAAGUGCCCUGAACAGCGGGAAUGCCGCUCAUACGAAAGCCGAGUUGAAGUCGGCUUCUUCGAUCCUGACACAUGCUGCUGCCCCAAGUUCGAGUGCAGAACAUCUGGUUGUGUGGACUCUGAGGAUAACAGGCUUGCUGUUGGACACACGUACACUCCCUCCGACGCACCGUGCUCCAUCUGUGAGUGCAUGUCUGACGGAAAUAUCCGCUGCCGCCCGAAGAACUGCCCUGUUGCCGAGAUCCCAUCAUGCCCUGUGGGACAGGAAGCCGUCUCCAUCCCCAGUGCCGAUGGCUGCUGCAAGGAGUGGGUCUGUGAUGACAAGGUGUGUCAUGUUGCCGUUGUGGAGCCUGCCUUCCUGGAGGUUGGAAACUGCCGCAGCGUGAUGGCCGUGAACGUGACCAAGUGUGAGGGCAAGUGCACCUCCCAGUCGCUCUACUCAGCUGCAGCCAACAACUACGAGAAGCAGUGCUCUUGCUGCUCGGCUGUUCAGACAACUCGCCGUGCUGUGGAGAUGGUUUGCCAGGAUGGCAGCAACAAGGUCCACUACAUGGAUAUCGUCAUCAACUGUGGCUGUAACGCCUCCCAGUGCGAGCCUUCCUCAGCCGAGCCCGGCAUGUAACUUCCAACAUCACCCAACAUACACAACGUUGAACAAUGACCAGGAACGAAUACGAACUGAACCCGUGCACAACUUCAUUCUUUCGAGCGUUCUUUAACACCACCAAGCAACCUAUACUGCAAUACGCCAUGAUUAAAGGAUGAGGUUGUGGUUUAGUCUAGAUUCCCACCAACUGUAGAUGCAGGACAAGAUAGCUAGAGAUGAAUUAUUGUUACAGCAUCGUAGAUGCUGCUUCUGGACGGAUCAUGUGAUGUGUGUUACACCAUCGUUUGAUUUCAUGUGAUGGAUAUGAUGUCGUUGGUGAGGAAUUAAAGAAAAGCAA